AGUGCGGGCGGCAAGCGCGGCUCUGGCAGGGUGUGUGAGGGGAGCGGCCGCGGUUCCCACUCGCUCUCUGUCGGCGCCGCCGCUCGCUUCUGCUCGGCCGGGUGUGGGACGCCGAGAGCCGGAGCCGAGCUACAGUGAACUGUUUGCCGUUGCCAUCAUUUAAUGGCUAUUAGCAGCUAACAGCAUUGGAAUGAAUCUGGCUCUGAGCGUGUCCUGACCUACUCAAGAACCCAGCUGCAGUGAGUCUGUGGGGUAGAAGAUCUCGGAGGGACAAGCAGAUCACAAAUUCUUUUUUGAGGAAUACAGAGCUGUUCAGAACUCUCUCAAAAAAUGGCGGAAGCUCAUCAAGCAGUAGCAUUUCAAUUUACAGUAACUCCAGAUGGGAUUGACUUGCGAAUGAGUCAUGAGGCACUCAAACAAAUUUACCUAUCUGGUGUCCAUUCAUGGAAGAAAAAGUUCAUCAGAUUCAAGAAUGGAAUUAUCACUGGUGUUUAUCCUGCUAGCCCCUCUAGCUGGCUUAUUGUAGUUGUGGGUGUGAUGUCAACAAUGUAUGCCAAAAUUGAUCCUUCUUUAGGAAUAAUAGCUAAAAUCAACCGGACCCUUGAUACAACUGGCUAUAUGUCAAACCAAACACAGAACAUUGUGAGUGGAAUACUUUUUGGCACAGGGCUUUGGGUUGCCCUUAUCGUCACAAUGCGGUACUCCCUGAAAAUGCUGCUUUCCUAUCAUGGCUGGAUGUUUGCUGAACACGGCAAACUUUCUGCAGGCACCAAGCUGUGGAUGACUCUUGUAAAACUCUUCUCAGGACGUAAGCCCAUGUUGUACAGUUUCCAGACGUCUUUACCACGAUUGCCAGUUCCAGCUGUUAAAGAUACAGUCAGCAGGUAUCUGGAAUCAGUCCGGCCACUUAUGAAUGAUGAAGAGUUCAAAAGAAUGGACGGUCUUGCAAAAGAUUUUGCAUUUAACUUAGGACCAAGGCUUCAGUGGUACUUAAAGCUAAAAUCGUGGUGGGCCACAAACUAUGUGAGUGAUUGGUGGGAAGAAUAUAUCUAUCUUAGAGGGCGUGGACCAAUUAUGGUUAACAGUAACUAUUUUGCAAUGGACUUCCUUUAUUUAUUUCCCACAACCAUACAGGCAGCUAGAGCUGGUAAUGUUAUCCAUGCCAUCCUGCUCUACCGGAAAAAACUGGACAGACAAGAAAUCAAGCCAAUUCUUCUGAUGGGAUCUACUGUUCCACUUUGCUCAGCUCAGUGGGAGCGGAUGUUUAAUACCUCCCGCAUCCCAGGAGAAGAAUCAGAUACUCUCCAGCAUGUGAAAGACAGCAAACACAUUGUUGUCUAUCACAAGGGGCGUUACUUCAAAGUGUGGCUGUACCACGAUGGUAGACUGUUGAAACCUCGAGAGAUUGAACAGCAGAUACAAAGAAUUCUUGAUGAUGAUUCAGAGCCUCAGGCUGGCGAAGAGAAAUUAGCAGCUCUUACUGCAGGAGAUAGGGUGCCAUGGGCUAAGGCUCGACAGGCUUAUUUUAGCCGUGGAAAAAACAAACAGUCCUUAGAUGCCAUUGAAAAAGCAGCAUUUUUUGUGACAUUGGAUGAUGACGAACAAGGGUACAGGAAAGAAGAUCCAGUGAGGUCACUAGAUGAAUAUGCAAAGUCCUUAAUACAUGGCAGAUGUUAUGACAGGUGGUUUGAUAAAACGUUUACUCUUGUAGUAUUCAAAAAUGGCAAAAUGGGCCUGAAUGCUGAGCACUCUUGGGCAGAUGCUCCUAUUGUUGGACACCUGUGGGAGAAUAUAAUGGCAACUGAGUAUCUUGAACUGGGCUACUCAGAGGAUGGACACUGCAAAGGAGACACCAAUCAAAAUAUUCCUAUCCCUACCAAACUACAGUGGGAAAUUCCAGAAGAGUGCCAAGAUGUGAUCGAGAGGUCUCUGAGCACUGCUAGAGCUCUGGCAGAUGAUGUGGACUUCUAUUCAUUUUACUUUGAUGUUUUUGGGAAGGGGCUAAUAAAGAAAGCAAAAACCAGCCCUGAUGCCUUCGUUCAACUUGCCCUGCAGCUUGCUCACUACCGAGACAUGGGAAAAUUUUCUUUGACAUACGAAGCCUCUAUGACGCGCUUGUUCAGAGAAGGCAGAACUGAAACUGUCCGUUCGUGUACCAUUGAAUCGUGUAAUUUUGUUCAAACCAUGGAAGAUCCACGUGAAAGUAAUGAAAAUAAGCUGAAGUUAUUCCGGCUUGCAGCUACCAAACACCAGCACUUAUAUCGUCUUGCCAUGACUGGUGCAGGCAUUGACCGACAUCUGUUCUGCCUUUAUGUUGUUUCCAAGUACCUUUCUGUAGAUUCUCCUUUCCUCAAGGAAGUUUUGUCAGAACCUUGGAGGCUAUCAACGAGUCAGACACCACAACAACAUAUUAAUCUGAAGAAGAACCCUGAGAUGUUAUCUUCUGGUGGUGGAUUUGGACCUGUGGCUGAUGAUGGUUAUGGUGUUUCUUACAUAAUCCUAGAUGAAAACUCCAUUCAUUUCCAUGUCUCCAGCAAAUUCUCUUGUUCUGAAACGGAUUCUCAUCGCUUUGGAAAGAACAUCCAGAAAGCAAUGGUUGACAUCAUGGGUUUGUUUCAACCUCCUAAAAACUGUACCAAAUGAUUUGGGUUAUUGCCACGAAGCAAACUUCCAUUGUUGGGAUGGAAACUCUUCUGAACAGCAAAUGAAAGCAUGGUUUGCAACAACACUAGCUGGUGAAGAAUCUGAGUCACAUCGUGUUGAUCUUCUUUGAAAACCUUAGCCAUGGUUUGAAUGUUUCAUGAUUAUUAUUUUUUUUAGUAGUUUGGAAGCAUUUAGUUCCACAAAGGGCAACUUCUGAAAUCUUAUACAUUUCUAGGGAUGAAGUAUACCACUAUUGCACGAAGGCAUGUAUAUUCUAAUUCCUUCAGUUUUCUCUCAUUUUUUUUCUUGUUCUUAAAAUUAAUUGAGUCCACUUGUUCCAGAAUGGAAGGGAUAAAACAUAUCAAGUCUUAAACUCAAAGCCUUCAAAAGAUUUGAUUUGGUAUGCAUCAAUAGCAGAAUGUUCUUCAGAGUAUCUGCUGCUUUAUUUCAACAAAUGACAACACUUCUGGCUGUUUACCCUCAUUAACUACUUUAAAGGUAAUUUCUUCAUAAGAUUAGAAAAAAAACCAAAAUGAUAACCUAGUGCAACACACCCAACUGGUGUGUUUCUUUUUGGGAAGAAGUAUGCGCUACAGUGAAGUAGUAAAAUAUGCAAAUUAGCAGGUAAUAAGACUUUUCUUAUUAUUUAUAAGCAUGUUUGGCACAUGAUUGAUUUUUAUAUCCAUAUAAAUGAACCUGUGUGCUUGUUCAUGCCAGUGCCUUAGUAAAAGAAAUACCCUAAACACGGGAGAAAAGCUUAUGCUGGGAGUCGGUUUUACAUUAUUUUUGUGGAGGGGAAAUAGCAAUGCAGAUCUAGUUCUGAAAUUAUAAACUAGGUGGCUAUGAUAGAAUUUGCUUGUGUAUGGUGCAGCUAGGUUCAAAGCUCUGAUGAGAUGAUCUCCUCAUACAUGGCAAAGACCAUUCUCUAAGGUGCAGGAGUAACUUUUCAGAGCUAUAGAUACUCAUGAUCUCAUUUAGCUGAGUGGUGUUAGUGAUUCGCUGAGAGAAGAGUUUCUGGGAAUGUAAAUAUAUUUAAACUCAAACCUGUUAGAUAAUCUAUGAAUCAAGGCUGCAUGUAGAGGCUGAGCAAUUGCAGUUUGCUAGGUUUCAGCUUGAAAGGACCAGAAUUGCAUGGUCAGCUCUCUGCAUGAAACAGGCUGUGAAGGCAAUGGAAAGUAGCUCCAGAAUGGGGAAAUUAGGGCCUUCUCAAACCUCUUCUGAGUGGCCCUUUGUGUCAGGCGGUUUCUGAAAGAUGCAGCAAAAAUGGGGGUGGGAAUAGGGCAGACAAUUUCACUGAAAAAGGGGCGUAUUUGUAAGUGCAGAAGUAAAAUGAUUGCUACAAAACUGAAGUAACUCGGUGUGUUAUGCUACUCUUCCUCAAACUUUAUUGGUGUUGUUACUUUUUUAGAUCACACGAUACAAUGCACCCAUGAGGGCAAAUUUAUUUUUCUGGGAGUAGAAGGUACAAAAUACUUAGUAAUGUUGCUCCAGAGCUGUGCUAAUUUUGAAAGCUCUUUGGGGGUGCUGUGAAACUUCUCAUUAGGUUUUUUGGAUUUCUUUUUCUGGCCAGUAUUUCUAGCUUUAUAUGCCUCUACAUGUGGUUGGUUUUUUUUCCACUCUGAUCUAGCUAUUGAAACACCUGUUAUGUGUAUGUUUGAUGUGGAAAACCUCAACAAAGGUCCUAAAUACAUACAUAAGCAAAUACAUGCUUACAUAAAUAUAGGUUCCCCCAUAGGAAUUGGCCAAAGAUGCUCAUUAUUUGAUUGGAUGAAGUUUGUGGGAGAGGAGACUUUAAAAUAAGCCUUACUGCAGCUAACAUUUACCAAAUUACUGCAUCGAUGUUAUAGUGAUGUAUUUUUCUGGAGCUGCAGAAACAAUGCACUGUUUUUUGUAUUGACCACUAACCAGUCUGCGCUUAAAUUAACAUAGGGCUUCUAGGAUUUUCCAAAAAAAAAGAGAAAAAGAAAAAGUUUAGAUUUGACUCUCAGGUUUUAAAUGUUUCAUGUCUAAUUGUAUUUAGUGCAGUUAUCAAUGCAAUUUUACAUUCUUAAAGUACAAUUGGCACAGAAAGUUGUUUUUUAUUGUAAAUGUUUAAAGGAGUGGUGUUAAUUGUAUCUUUUUUCUUUUUUUUUUUUAAUUUGAGUUAGAUCAUAAUUCCUAAACAGAUAGGAUCUUAUUUCAUUCUUUAAGAUGUCAACAGCGUGUAAAUAAAAUAUGCUUUUUGGAUGUAAAUCUUAGAAAUCCACAGUGAAUGUAGGCUGUUAAUAAAUAAUUUAAAACUUGAUGUUCAAUAUGGUGUACAUACCGUAAAACUACUUGCUUUUUUGCUCAAAAGCCAUAGGAAUGUAACUGAAAUUACUUAGAAUUGAAUGAACUUUCUAGUACAGUGUACUUUAUUGUUAAUGUCUGUAUUUUAGAAAAACUGUUCAUCCAUAACUAAACCUUGAAUCACCUGUUCUCAAUUAGUGAAAAGAGCUCUAAGUGAGGGAUGGCUCAGUUUGGAUAAUAAUAAAUUAACCUGUUUGUUAAAUACCAGUGUGGAAUUGAUGGAAUCCUUUAAAUAUGAAUUGGCAGAAUUUAUUAUUUCAGCUAUUUAAUAUGAUGGAAUAGCAGAAAUUUGGUGCGUUUAGAGGCUGCCAUUGUCCAGGACUUAGGUUAUUCCAAACUGAAUACUCUUAAGGGUUGGGCUUCUACAGGACUAUGGAGGUGUGCAAGCCUGACCUUGAAAAUCACAGUCCUAAUUCAGCCUUUGUACCAAUUGCUUUCUUGUAUAAAAUGUGUUACUUUCAGCUGUUUUUUAUCUUGUUCGCUUACUCUACUCCUGUGGUUGGUUAUUUACAUUCAAUAGUCUAUCCCACUGCUCUACCCUCUUCAGUGACUUCAAAAAAUAAAAUAAAGUUUCACAAUUAUCACUA